GAAACCUAAAAACAAUUUAGACGGCUGUGUUUUGCUUAUUAGCCAUCUUGUAUCUAGGGGGGACAUGAUGUUGGUUGAGAAUGAUCCGCCAAGCGACAACAAAACGUCAAAUCCAAGCAUGGAUAUCGGUGCCGUCUCGCAGGCCGAGUACGCUGAUAGUUCACUUGCAGAAACUAUCCCUGUGGGCAAGUACGAGGCCGUUUUGAAAGAUGUCAUGAAGGAAUUCGAUAUGCCUGAGAACAUACUGCUGCUUCGAUACGAAGGCGAACAGCAUCUCCCGUACAUAUCAAAUCUGAUAACGAAAGAUCUCUCGGAACCAUAUUCCGUCUAUACUUAUAGAUAUUUCGUUGCCACCUGGCCUCAAUAUUCUCUGCGGUUGAUGGAUAAAGAUGAAUGCAUUGGCUGUAUCGUUGCUAAAUUAGAGUAUCAUAAAAGUGCAUACAGAGGAUACAUCGCCAUGUUGGCUGUGGAUAAAAGGUUUCGCGGCCGGAAAUACGGAACCGCGCUGGUUGUGGCAAUUAUCCGUUUGAUGCAGUUGAGCAUGUGCGAUGAGGUGGUGCUUGAAACAGAAGCCAGCAAUAGUGGUGCGCUUCGACUAUACUCCCAAUUAGGCUUUGUCAAGCACAAACGGCUCAAUGGGUAUUACUUGAAUGGUGUAGAUGCCUUCCGGUUAAAAUUAUGGUUGAGGUAGCUGAGUGCAUUGGUCAAUAGUGAAAGUGGGAGCACCACCGGGCUUUUGCGUCGCCAAUAUGUCGAAGUUGCAUUUCAUCAUGCCGCAAGACUUCAAAAUAAUGUCAGUCCAGCUUAUCUGUUUGUACCAAAACAGAGGUCCCAAUUCAUUUACAGCGAUCAAACAUGCCCAUCAAAUUAUAUCAAUCCUGAUCGGUCAACCUCAAGUCUUCAUAGUAGUAAGAAUGAAGGAACAGAGUAAUACUACAAAUGAUUACGGAUAAAAAGCCAUUGUAACAGUGUUCUCAGUAACGUUGCAAUCAUCUGAACAUAAGAUCCAUACAUCAAAUCAGCAGUCCGACUCUGUGGCGAGAAGUUUGUUCGCCGUUAUCACUCUCCUGGACCCCCGAACAAUUUAGGUGUUACAUGCCUGUGAAAGCCUGAGUGAAAUAUCGUGUUGGGGAAGUUAGCACGUCUGUCAAUACAACCACGGAUGCUCAUCCAAACAC